AUGAUUGCAUUUGUGUCCUUUAAAGCAAUAGAAUGUAUACAGAAUCAGCUGGGUAUCGACUAUACUGGAUAUGUUAAUACAACCGACACUGGAAGAACCUGUCAAGCUUGGUCAGAUUCGUAUCCACAUUCUCAUCAUUUACCAGAAAAGCUAGCAGAUGAUCAAAACUAUUGUCGAAAUCCAGAUAGUCAACCAUAUGGACCUUGGUGUUAUACAACGGACCCCAAUAUCAGAUGGGAAUAUUGCACUGUUCCUUUUUGUGAUGGCUUUGAGAUCUCUGCAAAACCAGACCAAGAUUGUCGAAUGGAUCAGCAGGGAAAGAAUUAUACUGGAACAAUCAGCAAAACAAUAUUGGGUCAAAAGUGUCAAGCCUGGUCGUCAUUAGUUCCAAACCAGCAUCGUUACUCGAUAAAAAUGGCCGACCAGGAAAACUACUGCCGCAAUCCAGACAAUGAGGAAUAUGGUCCAUGGUGUUAUACAACUGAUCCAGAUACGAAAUGGGAAUUGUGUGAUAUACCUUAUUGUAGGAAGGACCAUUGGAAACAUGGAUGGCAAAAAUUUGAGGAUUCGUGUUAUUCAAUCCAGUACACAGAAACAACUUGGGAUGAGGCUAAAGUAUUCUGUCAAGACAACCUAAAUGCAUAUUUGGCAGAAAUUACAACAGCUGGAGAAAACGAUUUCUUAAUGAAUCUCCUUCCAAAAACAACAGUAAAAGGCGAGGAUAUAGAGAUUUGGCUUGGUGCAAAUAAUUUUAAAGUCGAAGGACGUUUCAUCUGGAACAAUAGCUCCGCCGAAUUGGAUUUUACCGAUUGGGGACCGGGAGAACCGAACAGUAAUAAUGAGCGCUGUCUAUCCACUCACUUGUAUGGAGAUGGUAAACUUCAUUGGAACUCUAAGCCAUUUUACACAUGGAACUUCUUUGUCUGUGAGAAAAGUGCUGGACCUUUAGGUUGUGGAGAAUAG